AUGAGCGUCGCAGGUCAAGAGCAUGAGUAUGAGGAAAAGCAUGUUCACCAGGUCUACGAACAGAUUGCUGGCCAUUUCUCGGCCACAAGACACAAGCCCUGGCCCAUCGUUGAGAGUUUUCUAAGAGACCUGGAGCCUGGAUCCGUCGGAUUGGAUGUUGGUUGUGGUAAUGGCAAGUAUUUGACGGUGAAUCAAGAUAUAUUCAUCAUUGCUUCUGAUAGGUCUCAAACUCUCACAAAGAUCGCGGCGCAUCGCCAGCCACAUUCAAACAUCGUGGCAGAUACCCUGAGUCUUCCCCAUCCCCCUUCGUCCUUCAACUUUGCAAUCUGCAUUGCUGUUGUUCAUCACCUGUCUACUCAUUCCCGGAGAAUUGAAGCCAUCAAAUCGAUCUUAAAGCUGUUGAAACGAGGCCAAGCUCAAAGAGCACCCAGCAAGCUUCUCUUGUUUGUUUGGGCUCUUGAACAGAAGUCGUCUCGCCGUGGAUGGGACACCGGAGACGCUCAGGAUGUAAUGGUUCCCUGGGUCCUAAAGGAGGGUACAAAAGGAGAGGCUGAACAGGACAGAAAAUAUAAUAGAUAUUACCAUCUUUAUCGACAAGGUGAGCUCGAAAACGAUAUUGCCGCUGCUGGCGGUGUCAUUCUAGAAUCUGGGUAUGAAAAGGACAAUUGGUGGGCAGUCUGCUGCCCUGCUCGAAUCGCUGAACGCUAG